GGUUAAUCCAACAUCCCAAAGCAAAGAACUUCUAGCUGCUAUCCCCAACUACCCUCCCCUGGCUACACCACCACUGGACAUGAUGAUCACAUAAGCCAGGGACGGUUCAGUCCUAUAAAUCACCCCAAAACCCGAAGUCACUACCUCACUUUAUCGCCACCACCCCCAGCCUCACACAAAGCAGGAGUGUAGUGCUAGCAUCUUAGGCAAGAUGAAGCCUCACACCACCACCACCACCCUGGCUCUCCUCCUCUUCCUCCUCAUGGCCUCAUCUUCCCUUCAAGUCUCCAUGGCUGGAUCAAAGUUCUGCGACGGCAAGUGCGCGGUCAGGUGCUCCAAGGCGAGCCGGCACGACGACUGCCUCAAGUACUGCGGGAUCUGCUGCGCCGACUGCAACUGCGUGCCGUCGGGGACGGCCGGGAACAAGGACGAGUGCCCCUGCUACCGCGACAUGACCACCGGCAAAGGCGACCGCAAGAGGCCCAAGUGCCCAUGAUUUCUCCGCGACGCGCUCACCUCGCAAUCAUGCGUACAGAAUGAAUAUGCAUCCAUGCAUGUGUACCGUGACCGAUCGAUGGAUCUACCAUGGAUGUGUGUCAUGUGUGUGUGUGGAGACAGAUCUGCAUGUCCUGUGCUGCUAGGCAUCUCAAGCUAGCUUCUGCCUUUACUAGCUACUACUAUGUACACGAGACACGGCAUGAGACAGGACAUGAAGCUACUAGCUACUACUAUGUAUACUGGCCAGGUGAUAAUAAUGUUGUGUAUUGUAAUGAA